CACACAAGUGACGAUCAAAACCCGAGAGAGCAGCCCCGCGCGCUUCCCUCCACCACCAACCAGCAGAGAUAACGCACCAGCGCACCAUGCCGCCGCCGUCUGCCGUCACCGCCUCAGCCGCGGCAUCCUCCUUCCUCCGCUCGCUGCCUCCUCCCAGCCUCUCCGUCCACACUGCCCUCCCACCUUCACUAUCCCUCAAGCGUCAGGCAAGCUGCCACUCCCGCGUGGUCGCGCGGGCGUCGGCGUCCGGCGCGGCCGCGGCCGAGGCCGAGACGGUGUUCUUCGACGGCGGCGCGCACUACGGAGAUCUGGCGGCGAACCUGGUGCUCGGGCUGACCCUGCUGUGGCUGCCUCUGACCCUCGCCUCCGUCACCCGCGCGCUCUUCCUCCGGUACCGCUUCACCUCCCGCCGCGUGACUGUCAUCUCCGGGCUGUCCGGCGACGACCGCACCGACUUCCCCUACUCGUCGGUCAGGGAGGUGGUGGUCGUGCCGCGGUUCAUCGGCGAGUGGGGCGACAUCGUCAUCACCCUCAAGGACGGCACCAAGGUCGACCUCAGGAGCGUGCCUAGGUUCCGCGAGGUCGCCGACUACUGCCGCAAAAUGGCCGCCGCCGAGGGCGCGCUCGGGGCCCAGUGAGGCGGCGACGAGUCUUCUGUUUUACUUACUGGCGCAGAGUUUUUCUUCUUCUUUGUGCUUGCCUGUUCGUCUGUUGUAAAUUGUAAUGUGAAGAAACUGAAACAUCUGACGGAAGAAGUAAGGUUAAAGCUUUCUGGUCA